CACGGGAGCUCCAUCUUGGACAUCCUUGAAGUCAUCAACAGCGACGAGGCUGCCCUGACUUGGUUGACUCUGCCCAGUGUAUCUCAUGUAUAAAGAGGCGGAGAGAGUGCGAGACACCAUGGGGAAUUUUCGACAAGCAAACAAGCCUGGAGACACCACUCACACCACCCCGCAACUCCUCAACACGAAUAGUGUUGCCUGGCCCUGCACCUCUCCAAGUUCUUGUUAACCCUCUUCGACAUGCACCUCUCUCUUCGACAUGUCCUCGCGUUUCUUGGAGCACAAUCCAUAUGCGUCGUGCUCGGCGACUUCGCGGGGCCCAGUUACCCACCCCCCAAGGACCUGAGCGGCGACCAGAGUCUCGUAUCCACGGCGUGGAAGAGCUUGACGGAUGCCCUCAAGGCAGCAGGUCUUGGAGGCGACGGCAUCAGCAGCUGCAAACCGAAAAACGGCAGUGCAAUUCCAAUUCCGGUUCCCGAGGCCACCAGAAACACCACCUUCUCCAUCGGCCUGUUCUCCCUUCAUGACCCAGAUGCAGCCUCGAUGCAGUUCCACCACACCUCGCCCGAAGUCGCUGCAUCGACUGAGGGCACCAAAAAGGUGGAUGGAAACAGCAUCUACCGCGUUGCCAGCGUGACUAAGGUUUUCACCGUCCUGGCCGGCCUCCUGACGCUGAGCGACGCCGAGUGGGAGCGUCCGCUGAGUGACAUCCUUGCGCCGCUCUCGGGCCAGGGCAGCCAUGCUGCUGCUGUACUGUCAACGCCAUGGGACAAGAUCACGAUGCGUGCGCUUGCCGCUCAGCUUGGCGGCGUACCGCGCGACGGCUUCCCGAACCUCGGCGAGAUUGCUCUUGAGAUGGCCUUGAUCAACAAAACCGAGGCCGAGCUCAUGGCUGAAUCCGGCUUGCCGCCAGCCAAUGUCUCCGACCCUCUCUCUAACCCACCAUGUCUUCUCCGUCUCUUGAUGGGCGAGGAAUGCACCGAGACGCCAUACAUCCAGGGCGUUGCCAACCGCGCUCCAACCUUCUUACCGUGGACAGCACCGGGCUACUCCAACAACGGAUUCGUCCUGCUCGGGCUCGCUAUGGCCAACGUCACGGGCCAGACCAUCGGUCAGUUAUACCAGGACAAAAUCCUAACCCCGCUAGGCAUGGACUCCACCUUCUCCAACCCACCCCCCAAGACCGAAUUCCCGCGCAGCGUCAUCGUCGGCAACACAGCCGCAAGCACCUAUGACGUCCCCAACGGCAUCUUCGUCUCGUCAGGCGGAAUCUUCUCCACAACCUCCGACCUCGCCCGCUUCGGCACAGGUAUCCUCAACUCAACUCUCCUCCCGCCCGAACAGACCCGGCGCUGGCUCAAGCCUGUGUCGCACACGGCUCGGUUGCAGUAUGAUGUCGGCGCGCCGUGGGAGAUUAUGCGCUAUGUGCAUGGCAAUGGCAAGGUGACGGAGCUGUAUACCAAGCUGGGCGACUCGGGCAUGUACAGCGCCUGGCUCGUCCUUAUGCCGGACUACGGGUUUGGGUUCAGCAUUCUGGCUGCUGGGUCGGAAACGGGUAGGUUUGGGGUUGUUUCUGCCCUGGCGGAUGUUGUUACAAAGACACUGCUGCCGGUAAUGGAAAAGCAGGCGGCGGUUGAGGCGGGGAGGAACUUUGCGGGUAUUUACAAGUAUGAGGCUGGUGGCGAGGGGAUGAACUCGACGCUGGUCCUGGCUGUGGCGGCAGCGGAAUACGAUGAUGCGCCGGGCCUGAUCGUCUCGUCGUGGGUGAGCAAUGGCACGGACGUGCUUCCCUACUUGGCGCGGCGUGUGGGCCCGGGGCCGUUCCGGCUGCUGCCUUCGGUCGCUGGUAGCAGCGGGGAUGGCAAGGUGGCCUUUCGGCUGGUAGGUGCCACAGAUGCGCCUACCGCCGAGGUGCCGGCUGGAGCUCUGUUUUUCGGGCCUGGCAUGGUGAGUGCGGACUGGCUUGUGGUGGAUGAUAGUACCUACUACGGCGUCGGGCUGUCGCUCUUUGUGUUUGACGUCGGGUCCGACGGCCAGGCUACGGCGGUGACGCCCGCUGCGUAUAGGGCGACGCUGACGAGAUUGGCGGCGUAGGAAUGGGGACGAGGAUGGGAGUACCCUGGAGUCCGUGGUUAGAUCUCUAUUUCUG